UUUGGUUAUGUGAUUGUGAAUGACAGUUCUAACAUUUUCUAAAUAUUUAUUGUUAUUUGAGAUGAAUUCCAAUAUUUCCGAGAAAUACAUAUUUCUCUCAUUGAUACAACGCGAUGUAAUAUAUUCAUAAAUAACUUCUAUAGUGGGCGAGUUCGUAAUUGGUAGGAAUGUGUCUGGUGGGCGAGUAUUUUAGCGCGGAGAUAAGGGUAUUUUCUGCAACAAUUAUUGUCAUUUUCUUAUGUCAGGAUUUUGUUAAAGAAUGGCAGGGUCAAUAGAGAUCAGCCACUUUGGAUAUUUUGCAAAUUGAAAUUCUGCAAAGAUGACUUCAAUAUUCGAUCAAUAUGAGCAGGCUUCGCAGAGGUCGAAACAAAUUGUUCCUACUCCUAUACGGCCAGAUAUUAGCACGACAGGAUUUAUCCAAAUGAAACUUACGGACGAUGGACCGAUUUUCACAAAACAAAAGGUCAAUUUCUUGCCUUCUGAUAGAAUCAUACAUCUGUGUGUUAGCAGCAACUUUAUUGUUAUCGCUAUGGCUAACAAUGUUCUUCUUCGGAUAGAUAUGAAGCAACCGGAUAAACCGGAAGAAAUUGACAUUUCCAAAUAUAUCGGUAAUUUAAGACUCUCUGGUUUACAUCUUGAUCCUCUCGGUCAGCAUUUACUAAUUUCGACAAAACCAAAACAAGGAGAAAGCUCUCUACCCGAAUUAUUUUAUUUGCAUAGAAAAACUACAAAGUUAAAGCAGGCUGCAAAGUGUAAAGGUCACGAAAUCACCGCUGUGGGUUGGAAUUUUGGUAACACAUCAGAAACGAAUUCUGGACCGAUUUUACUUGGAACUUCAAGGGGACUAAUUUUUGAAACUGAGAUUGGUUUGGAGGGGGAAAAGAUCUUUGCUACCAAUUUAGAACAGUACUGGCGACAAGUAUUCGAUAUCGGUAGGGAGAGUGGUCCACCAAUCACUGGCUUAGAAUUUCACAAGAUACCAAACACAGAUAAAUACUUUAUCAUAGUAACGACUCGAAUUCGAAUUUAUCAGUAUAUAGGAUCAGUACCGAACCCCGAUGAAAAGCCAUUACUACAGCAAGUCUUCAGCAAAUAUCUAAAUGUUAAAGAACGCUUUAAUCAAUUGGAAAGCUCCUUGCCAUAUUCAAAGUUGCAAUUUUUUUACCCCGCACCGAGAGUCUCGCCAAAAUCUUUCGGUUGGCUAACAGAAACUGGAAUUUUAUACGCCCAAGUCGAUCCUUGGGCAGAAGCAGAGAAUGUAUUAAUAAAUCAGCAAUUGUUGCCGUGUCCAGAAACGAGUUUAAUGAGUGGUAGCUCCUCACAAUUAUCAACAAAGGCCCCACUUUCCUUUGUUCUAACCGAGUUCCAUGCCCUUCUUCUUUACGUUGAUCAUGUCAAAGGAAUUUCUAUUUUGAACCAGGAACUUAUUUUCGAAGACAUCUAUAACGACGCUUUUGGGAAAUUAAUUAACAUUACAAAAGAUCCAAUCACUGGUUCGAUUUGGGCUUAUAGUGAACGAGCGGUUUUCAAAUAUAAAGUCACAAAGGAAGAUCGAAAUGUUUGGCAGGUUUAUGUCGAGAAAGGAGAGUUUGAACUUGCGAAAUUCUACUGCAAAGACAAUCCUAUUCAUCGAGAUCAAGUCCUCGUGAAAAAAGCCGAGAUGCUUUUCAGAAAUCAAAAGUACGAAGAAAGCGCCCUCAUUUACGCUGAGACUCAUUCCUCAUUCGAAGAGAUUUCGCUCAAAUUUUUACAAGAGCGAGAAAUGAAGGCUUUAAAAACAUUCCUGAAAGCGAAACUGACGAGUUUAAAACCGCAAGACAAGACGCAAAUAACCAUGAUCGUCGUAUGGGUCAUAGAAUUAUUUAUGAACGAAAUGGGAGUUUUGCGAAGUGAUCAAAACUUUCAGCUCCACCAAGAUGAAUGCGAGAAGUUGCAGAAAGAGUUUGAAACUUUUUUAACGAUACCAAAAGUCGAUGAAUGCAUUAGAAAGAAUCGGAGUACGAUAUGUAAUUUGAUGGCAAGUCACGGAGACAAGGACAAUUUAAUUAAUCUGACGGUGAUGCACCGAAAUUACGAGGAAGUGAUUCGACAGCAUUUGUACAAGAAUAAUUAUUUGGAGGCUCUCGAGGUUCUGAAGAAGCAGGGAAAUAGGGAACUUUUUUAUCAAUUUGCAGGGACUCUUCUCCAGGAAUUGCCGAAACCGACUGUGGCGGUUUUGAUUUCUCAGGGAUCGAAUCUGAAACCCUCAAAACUUCUUCCUGCUUUAGUUUCUUGUAAUAGCGACGAAAAACAUGCACAGCAAAUAAUUACCUAUUUAGAAUCAUGUGUCUAUAACCAAAGUUGUCAGGAGCAGGCGGUACACAAUUUUCUUCUGUCUCUAUAUGCGCGUUACAAACAAAACGAAGUGAUGCGUUACAUCAGUUCUCAGGGCCAAGAUAUAACUAUGGUUCAUUACGACGUGCAUUAUGCUUUACGGUUGUGUCAAGAAGCAGGAUUAACCGAAGCUUGUGUCCAAUUAUCAGCAUUGUUAGGCCUUUGGACAACUGCAGUUGAUUUGGCUUUAACGAUAAGUGUCGAUCUCGCUAAACAAAUUGCUGCAGUUCCUUCGCAUCAUGAUGAUGUUGAACUUAGAAAAAAAUUAUGGCUGAAAAUAGCUGAGCACGUGGUGCGAGAGCGAGAUGAUAUCCAAGAAGCGAUGAAGUUCCUUCAACAAUGUGAUUUAGUUAGGAUAGAAGAUAUUUUACCGUUCUUCUCCGACUUUGUGACGAUUGAUCACUUCAAAGAGGCAAUCUGCAAUUCUCUUCAGGAAUACAAUCAGCAUAUUCAGGAUCUGAAAGCAGACAUGGAAGAAGAUACCAAAUUAGCUGAAAUAAUAAGAAAGGAUAUCCAAGCUUUCAGAACUAGGUAUGACCAAAUCCGCGAUGGAACUGCCGUUCUUAUACGCGCUCUUGAACCUCUCGAAGGCCUCGACGAAAUGACAGAAAAUCGGAACGUGAAAAAGAAAUCCAAUUCAAAAAAACCCAGAAAGGAAUUUAAGUUACAUGAAUUAUGCAAUGGUCCGUCAAAAUUAUGCAUGGCAUUUUCGUUGGAGAAGAACCAUAGCAAAUAUUCUAUAUGUUCAUGGAAGGGUUUAUGGAUCGAGGAAGAUAAGAUGAAUCAAGAAGAGAUAAAAAUAAUCCAUUGUAAGAGAAUAGGUAUCGACAGUUGUGGAGCUGAAUGGGCAAAUAAACCUUUGAGAUAUUACGUUUACGGUAACAAGUCUAUCAGUAAGCGAGAUAAAAAGGCAGAAGGGAUUUUUUUAGAAAAAACUUGA